GCACAAAUUCUAUAGAAUGGCCCUUAUAUAACCCUACCUCUAAAUGAAAACAUAACUUACAUUUUUAUUAUUGUUAAAUUAAAUUACUUUAUGCAUGGCACGUUUGUUUACAAUAACAGAUCAACACGUGCCUGUAUGUUCACAAGGACACUCAUAAACGCACGCACACGGACUCAGUCGUCAAUUAUUAAACAAACAUGAUACUGUUCAGUGAGAGAAAGAGAUCACACAAGCCACAGCCAUUUCACACACACACACACACACAUCUGAUCCUGAACGUCGACACACUCCCACUGGAUAUUUCUCAGGAUUUUUCUGCAUCCUGAUGAUCUCUGACCAUCCCUGAUGGACUCAGCCGCUCCUCCGAACAUCCCUGAUGACCGAACUCAUCCAGGGCCUCCCGUCCUCCAGGAGGCUCAUGAUUCCUCCAGACAAAGAGAAGCCAUGACAUUACCCAGCGUUCCUGCAUACGACUCGGUCAGCAUCCUCACCGCUGGCCCACUGAAUGACACUGACAGCAUCCAAACAUCCCAUCAUGCAUACGACACGGACAGCAACCGCACCCUAAACCCAGCAUUCGACACGGACAGCACCCACACCCUGCACCCGCCGUACACGAGCCCCGCUGGAGGAGACGCCUCGACCAGCAGCGUCCCGGCCAACCCUCCUCCAUACAGCCCACCGGACCCCAAAGCUGUCUACGUCAUGUACCCACAGUACCCCAACCAGCCGGUCAUCGCCUGUCAGCCCGGAGCCAAUCUACCUGGAGCUUUCUACCAGCCCUCCUUCCUCCCGUCGUCCACUUACCCAUCCUACACUAUAUACAUGAACGGUCCGCCGCUGGGAGAGGAGCACCCUCCGUUACCUAAAGAUUACCUGGUCGAGUCUCUGCUGGUGACCAUCUUCUGCUGCCUCAUGAGCGGCCUCGUCGCGGUCAUGUACUCGUAUGAAACCCGUGCGGCGCUGACCAGAGGCGACAUCCGUGAAGCGGAGAAAACGUCCCAGAAGGCUCGUCUGCUUGUCAUGUUCAGUUUGAUGUUCGGCAUAUUUAUUUUUGUGGGCUGGAUUAUUUAUGUAGUCACAGUGCUCUGUCCAUAGAAACUUUCUCAUGCUAACCAAGCAUUUAUUUAAUCAAAAAAAAUCUGUAAAAACUGUUAAAUAUUAUUACAACUUAAAUAACCGUUUUCAAUCUGAAUAUAUAGUCAAUUGUAAUUUAUUUCAGUGAUGCAAAGCUGUAUUUCCAGGCUUCAGUGUCCUUCAGAAAUCAUUCUAAUAUGCUGAUUUGUGCUCAAACAUUUCUGAUUGUUAUCCAUGUUGAAAACAAGUUGUGCUGCCCAAUAUUUUUCUGGAAAAUUUAAUGCAUCCCAGCUAAAUAAAAUUAUUAAUUUCUAUCAAAAAAUGUAAUCUUACUCACCUCAAACCUUUAAAUAUUAGUGCAAUUGCUGUGAAGAUACUAAUUUUAUAGAUUUUGUCCGAAGGUGCACCAUCACUUCUUUUUCUUAACUGUUAUUUUAAAAUGUGAUAAAUAGUAGUAAAAGUUAUGAAGACUAUAUGGGAACUAUAUCAGUCGACACGUCAUUCAAACAUAUGACUGUGAAAUAUGUUGGAAAAGCAGACAGAACUGAAAAUCAUUGAAAGGGACUUUCAAAAAGUGUGAGAUUCAAACAUUGAUUUAUUGCAUCAUGUUCUAUGAUACUGUAUGUACUUUCAGAUGAUAAUCAUCAAUGGUUUGUAUUUUUCUGUCACUGGUAAUAAACCUAUUUUUAUGUAAAAACUACCAUCAUCUAUGACUGUGAACAAACUGAAUUAGAUGAACAGUCUUUAAAUGUUUAUAAGAAGAACUAUUGUGUGAAACCUAAUGUGUUUCUGUUGCUCUGAAUAAAAAGUAACCCAAAAACGACAACACUAUUUCAUGUCUUUAAAUGAUCAGUGAAGACCUUGAAAACAAUAUAUAGCAAUAAAAUGGCUUUUAUUACAUUACUAAGCUUGAUUCUCUCCACAUGGCUUGAAGAGUCGCCUUUAAAUACAAUGAAGAGCAAAAGAGAGCUAAAAAAAAAAAACAGAAAUGACCAGCAAGAGCUUCCUCUCAGAAAAAAUAAAUUACCACAUUGGCUUAAAUGGGUUCAUUUCUACAUAACCCAUAAUGAUUUACAA